UUGCAUGAAUAACUCAUGUGAUAAUCGGCUUAGUUGUAUGCACAAUUUAACCUGUCAGCUAUAUUUUACUUUUUAUAUUAUAAAUUACACCUAGGUUGGUAAAAUAUAUCGAACACCGACACUCACCAUCAGAGAACGUAAUAUGUUAAGAGUGCUAGAUUCCUUAUACCGAACUCUUCGACCUUAUGUAAACGUUGGUUGUUCUGAAAGAAUGUUUGAGUUGUUGACAGGGGAUAUAAAUGUCUUAUUUAGAAAAACAACCACAGAUCAACUCGCUUUGUCAUUCUCAAUUCUACUUUAUUAACUCAUUUCAAUGCAUACAUGGAUAAAGAAGGUGGACUUUCAAUAAAAUAUUAAAGGGUUUGUUUGAAAUAAAAUCACCAUUUCAUAAUGAAAAAAAACAUCACUUUUGCAUGUAAAUACACAUAUUUUGUUCAUUAGAAAUAAGAAAUCCGAAGAAAACGAAAAAUUAAGAUUUGAACAGGAUCUGUGCAAAACAAUGCACCAGCAGAACGAUUUGACCAACAAGCUUAAACACGACUGAUCAGCAAUUUAAAUGGAACGCAUAGAUACUGAUCUAUUUUUAGUAUCUUCUGAAAACAUGACUAAGUAAGGCUGUUAUCUCAAAAUCCAAUAGAAACUGUUCUAUUUUGAGUGUUUUGUGAAAACAAGUAUCAAGUAAACGCGCUAUAACAUAUUACAAUCGCAGUUUCGUAACAAAAUACUUCAAUUUCCAAAGUGUAUUUGUAUUACUAGGGAUUACACAAACGUGAACAAAGUUAAUACAAACCAGUCGAUGAAUUAAUGAUAUAUAAAUACAGAACGUAAGAGUAAAAUGGACAGCGCAAAGGGUGAAACAAAAGACGCUGAUGUAAAAUGUGAAGCCGAUACAAAGGAAGAAAAUACGGAGAAAAACACAUGUCCAAAAAGUACAAACCAGCCAUUUUUCGAAGGCAAGCAGCUCCGCAAGGACCGAGAUUUUGGAAUAUUCGGAGAAAGUUCAGGUUUGGCAGACGUAUAUCUAUUUGUUGAGGAGGAACCAAUUCCUGUUAUUAAAGCUGUCCUCAGUAUUGCUUCUCCUGUCUUCAAUGCGAUGUUUAAAGAUGAUUUCAAAGAAAAGGACCAAGUUUGGAUACCACUACCUGGAAAGAGACUUGAGGCUGUGUUGAUACUACUGAAGUGCAUAUAUCCUAAUAUUGCACAUAAGUUAUCAGGUGGAAAAUUGUUAGAAAGCAUUGAAGCCUUUUGCCAAAAAACAAUCCGAGCUCCGGGGACGCUUUUGUUCGAAGUGAAUCCGAAAAAAGUCCCACAAAACAGCAGAAGACACAUGCGAGGAUUGCGACUUGCCUAUGCAUUUGCUUCUAAAGAUUCUGACAUUUUGAGAAAUGCUGUUAUGGCGGUCAGAAGGGACAAAAAAAGUUCGUACUGGUGUUGUGACGACGAAUUUGAUUUGCUGCCAGAGAAGAUCAAGCGAGAUCUUAAUGAUGUUAUGGUUCCUAAAUUUUAA